CGCCUCUUAAAGGCCCCCGCCCCCGCCCCCGCCCCGCCUUUGGCCCCGCGCCCGGCCUCCCCGCAGUCCCAACCGAGGCCUAGAGCUCUCGCUUCCUCAGCUGACCCAGGAGGCCGGGAAAGAGGGCGUUGUGAGAUACCAUUAAAAAAUCAGAGCUCGUAAAAAGAAAAUCAGAGUUCAACUUACAUUGAGCAAAUGCUGUGUUUGAAUCUCCUUGGACAGUCCCAGUGACCUGGAGGAGUGUCCAGAAGCCACAAGCCAUGGCUGUGGGGAACAUCAACGAGCUGCCGGAGAGCAUCCUGCUGGAGCUGUUCACGCACGUGCCAGCCCGCCAGCUGCUGCUGCGCUGCCGCCUGGUCUGCAGCCUCUGGCGGGACCUCAUUGACCUGGUGUCGCUCUGGAAGCGCAAGUGCCUGCGCGAGGGCUUCAUCACCGAGGACUGGGACCAGCCGGUGGCCGACUGGAAGAUCUUCUACUUCCUUCGGAGCCUCCAUAGGAACCUCCUGCACAAUCCGUGUGCUGAAGAGGGGUUUGAGUUCUGGAGCCUGGAUGUGAACGGAGGUGAUGAGUGGAAGGUGGAAGAUCUCUCUAGAGACCAGAGGAAGGAAUUUCCUAAUGACAAGUACCCUAGCGGUGAGCCCCAGCCCCUCCCACCCCUCCGCCUGUCCCCCAGCACCUGCCUCAAGUCCCAGGUGGUGGACCUCAAGGCUGAAGGGUAUUGGGAGGAGCUAAUGGACACCACACGGCCGGACAUCGAGGUCAAGGACUGGUUUGCAGCCAGGCGGGACUGCGGGUCCAAGUACCAGCUGUGCGUUCAACUCCUGUCAUCCGCACAUGCACCUCUGGGGACCUUCCAGCCAGACCCGGUGACAAUCCAGCAGAAGAGUGAUGCCAAGUGGAGGGAGAUCUCCCACACGUUCUCCAACUACCCACCCGGUGUCCGCUACAUCUGGUUUCAGCACGGUGGCGUGGACACUCACUACUGGGCCGGCUGGUACGGCCCAAAGGUCACCAACAGUAGCAUCACCAUUGGUCCUCCGCUGCGCUGACACCCUCUGAUGCCCCAUCCACUGAACCCUGACUGGUAAAUUACUGUCAGAGAAGGGCCAGGCUUGGGAAGGGGAGGUGGAGACCAGGUGUCCCCAGCUCUUGAACUCACUCUUGCCCCCCAUUGCUUCUUCUCUGUGGAGCCUCUCAGUUUGGGCAGCUCUCACAUGCUGGGGGGGCGGGGGGAAGGCAGCUCUCCAAGGUCUUGAUCUAAAUGAUGGCAGGGGAGACCUGCGUGGGCCCCUUUAAGAGAUGAACCACCUGAGGUUAGGGAGCAGGUUACCCUGGGCUCCUCUGAGAUAGGUCUCCAAGCUUGGAUGACACCUAGAUCUGUGUCUUUACCUUCCCCUCCUGGGAGCUUUCUCUCUGUGUUGUUUGGGGCCCCUCAGAGCAGGAAUGUGCAAGACAUCUGGCAAGUGAGCAGCUUCCCUGGAUAGUGCAGAAGUGGAAAGUGACCGUGUGACUCAGGCAGAUCUGGAAAGUAGGAGGUAGGCUCUGCUGGUCCAUGCUCUGCCCUGUCCUGCCGUUCACAGUCUCUCUUGCUCUGCCUGUCUACUCAGAAGAGGUGGCUUUGGUCCAGAGGCUCAGGCCCAGUUUGAGAUGGACAGACCCACAGUGAGGUGGGAUCCAGGACAGCUAUGGACUGUCCUCACUAUCAGUGAAGCCCCAGAAUCCAGAUGGAUAGCAGGCAGGGACAGGGCUCCUAGAGGACCUAAGGAAUCCUGCCCAGGGUGUCCCAGGGUAGGUAGGGUGCAGAAUUAGGCUCUGAUUUCUGAGAGCUGAACUUAUGAACAAGUGAGGUAGGGGGGUUUCAAGGACCACCCAUCUACCUUUAAGCCCAGGCCAGACUCCCUGAGGCUUAGAGGGCAUUCUAAGCUUCCUUGCCACCAUUCCCAGGCCUCCUCACCCCACCCCAAUUCUGCCUCUUCCUUCUGCUGGAAGAACAAUAGUGUUUCCUGACCUUGUCCUGUUGCAUGUGGCCAAAUAAAAUAU